AUGGCCCUCUUCUACCCAAUCACCAAUCCAGGCCUCCGCGGGUUGCAGGCUGGGCCGGGGGAGCGCCUGAAACCUGCGGAUGAAGCCAUGGGCGGCAUAAAGAACCGGGAUGCUAAGCGGGCGGCCAACAAAGUAUUCUCUUCGGGCGGCGGUGGCGGCAGCAAGGGCCCCGCGGUUAUCGACAAGCGCGGCCAGGAGCUGCCCUGCCCGCACUGUGACCGCAUCUUCAAGCAGGCCGACCGCCUGAAGCAGCACAUCCAGAAGCAGCAUGCUGACGAGCCAGCAGCCGACGCCGACGCGGCCGGCACCUCGGCAGCGGCGGCGCCCGCCGCUCCCGCCGCUCCCAAGGUGCUCGCCCCCAAGGCCGUCGCAGCCGUGGCCGCAGCCGCCUCUGCCGCCGUCAAGUCGCUAAACACGGCCACCACCAGCGGCGGCAACGGCAACAGCAAGGCGGCGGCCGGCUCCGGCGGCGGCGCGGCCGGGUCUGCCACAGCGGCAGCAGCGGCAGCAGGCCCAGCGCCUCCCCCUGGGCCCAAGCUCAUGGACGUGAACAGCCGGGCGGGAUACUACGAGGCCAAGUCACCCAAGCUGCUGCUGCACGAGUGGUGCCUGCGCGAGAAGCAGCCGCGGCCGCGGUACCGCGCCAUCUCCGCCGAGGGAGGGCUGUGGAAGUGCAAGGUGGUACUGCCCCACCCCAAGCAGCAGGACAAGGAUGUGGUGGUGUUUCUGGAUGACUCCCAGGCGGCCCCCAGCGAGGACGAGGCGGAGCAGCGCGCGGCGGUGGCGGCGCUGCACCGGGUGCAGGGGGACCGCUCGCUGGACCGCGUGCUGCCGCGGCCGUACGUGCAGCAGUGGAGGGAGCUGGACCAGCAGCACCAAGAGCGGCAGCGGCGGCAGGCGGACGCCGCGGCGCGGCAGCGCCAGCAGCAGGAGCGCCAGCGCGCGGCGGCCAAGCGGCAGCAGCCCACCGCCGUCAUCAUGGCUGACGACAAGCGCAGGCUUGUGGAGGGGAUCAUUUCUGGCCUGCAGUCUGAGGCAGCGGCCUCAGGCGACGCCGCCCUGCCGGCAGACGGCGGCGAGGCGGAUGGCGGCGGAUGGGCCAGCCUGGACGCACCCUCCCUCGCCGGCGCCGGCGCCGGCGACGAUGCUGCUGCGACCCGGCAGCAGCACGCGGCGGCGCUGGUGGAGGAGCUGGUGCUGCUGGGCUUCCAGCAGCAGGAUGCAGCGGCGGCGGUGGCGGCGGUGUCUGGCGGCGGCGGCGGCGGCGGCGGCGGCGGCGGCGGCGGCGAGGAGCUGUCGCUGUCAGCGGCGCUGGACUGGCUGUGCGUGCGCCUGCCCGAGGAGCGCCUGCCCAAGAACUUUGCCCCGGGCGCCGCCGGCAAGCCCAUUGCCGUUCUGCUCCGCGCCGGUGGCGGUGGAGGCGGCGGCGGCGGCGGCGGCGGCGGCGGCGGCGGCGGCGGCCUGGGCGGCAGCCGGGGCGGCAGCUUUGCGGCGGGGCUGGAUGCGGCGGGGCAGGCGGGCGAGGAGGAGGCAGCCUGUGAUUUGCUGGAGGAUCCAGCGGUGGCUGAGCUGGCAGAGUAUGGGUACCCUCCCCGCCAGGCGGCCGCGGCACUGGAAAGCACGGGCGGGCACGUGCACCGCGCGCUGGCCGCAUUGCACGCCCGCCUGGCCGCGGCCGCCGCCGGCUCGACGCCGACGGCCGCCAGCUCGGCGCCGACGGCCGCCAGCUCAGCGUCCAGCUCAGCGUGCGACGAGCUGGGCGAGUGGCGGGAGGAGCGGGAGGCGCUUGAGGCCAUCUAUGGCGAUGAUGUGAGCUUUCUAUCGGAGCGCCUCACCACGCUGCAGCUGCCGCUGGAGCUGACGUCAGCGGCCGCCACGUCAGCGGCGGGCGGCCAGCACGAGCUCACGUUCCGCCUCGACUUCCUCGCCCCCUCCUCGCCUGCUGCGGGCGGGGACCGCGGCAGCAGCGGCGGCAGCGGCAGCGGCAGCAGCAGCGGCAGCGGCAGCGGCAGCGGCAGCGGAGGAGGGAGUUUGCCGUACCCGCAUCGGCCGCCGGUGGUGGGGGUGCGCGCGGCGGGCGUGCCCGCGGCCGCGCUGCUGACGCUGACGCGCCAGCUGGCAGAGGCGGCCGCUGAGCUGGCGGGGCACCCCAUGGUUUAUGAGCUCGCCUCCGCCGCCGUGGAGCGGUUUGAGAGAUGCCUGCUGCAGCCGCUGCCGCUGGCCCGGCUGCUGCCGCCGGCGGGCGCCAGCCGCGCGGGGAGCGGCGCUGAGCUGGCACAGCAGGCAGAGCGUGCGCUGCGCCUGGAAGACAUCCACAACUCUGUGGUGCCGCCCGCUGAGCGGCAGCGCCGGCAGGGCGGCGGCGGCCGCGGCGGCGGCGCCGCCGGGGCCGGCCUGGCCGCCGAGAGCCGGCGCCUGGCCGCGCACCAGGCUGAGUUGGAGCGCAGCGGGGAGCACGCCGCCAUGCGCGCUGUGCGCGCUGCGCUGCCCGCGGCGGCCCAGCGCGGCGAGGUCCCCCAAUUCUUGCUGGAGCAAGCCAUCGCGGCUGGCGCCGGGGCCGCCUGCAACAUCAUCGUCACCCAACCCCGCCGCAUCUCGGCGGUUGGCCUGGCCUCCCGCGUGGCGGCGGAGCGAGGGGAGGCGGUGGGUGCCACAGUGGGAUACUCUGUGCGCCUCGACUCCAAGCAGUCCCACCGCACCCGCCUGCUCUUCUGCACCACAGGCAUCCUGCUGCGCCGGCUGCUGGGUGACCCCUCCCUGGGAGGGACCACCCACGUGGUCCUGGACGAGGUCCAUGAGCGGUCCAUCGAGUCAGACCUGCUGCUGCUGCUGCUGCGCGGCCUGCUGGAGUUGGGCCGCAACCCGGGCCUCAAGGUUGUGCUCAUGAGCGCCACCGCAGACGCUGGCCUCUUCGCCUCCUACUUUGAGGCGGCCCUGGGGGAGCCCGCGGGGCAGCUGACCAUCCCGGGGUUCACCCACCCCGUGACAGACUUCUUCUUGGAGGAUGCCCUGGAGGCCACCGGCCACGCCGUGGGCAGGGCCUCCAAGUGGGCCAAGCGCAGCGGCGGCGGCGGCGGCGGCAAGCGCGGCAAUGGCGGCGGCAAGGACGACGACGGCGGCGGUGCCAUGCUGGCGACCGCGCCCGGCGGCGGCACCUACAGCGAGCAGACGCGGCAGUCGCUGGCCAAUGUGGAUGAGAGCCUGAUAAACACAGACCUUAUUGAGGCGCUGGUGGCGCACCUGGCGGCCACCCGCGCGGCGCAGCAGGCGCAGCAGGGCGGCGGCAAGCGGCGCGGCGCCGGCGACGACGCAAACGCCAUCCUCAUCUUUGCGCCCGGCGCCGACGAAAUCUCCCGCAUCUGCCGCACCCUGUCGGCCUCCGGCCGAGUGGCGGCGGCGGCCGGCGGCGGCGGCGUGCUGGUGCUGCCGCUGCACGGCGGGCUGCCGCCCAGCCAGCAGUCCCGCGUGUUCAACCGGCCGCCCAAGGGCACCCUCAAGAUAGUGGUGGCCACCAAUGUGGCGGAGACCUCCAUCACCAUUGACGACGUCACCGCUGUGCUGGACACGGGGCGCGUCAAGGAGAUGCGCUUUGAUGCGGCCAGGGGCAUCGCGCGACUGCAGGAGACGUUUGUGUCGCAGGCAGCAGCGCAGCAGCGGCGGGGGCGUGCAGGGCGCGUACGCCCCGGUAUCUGCUACCGCCUGUUCAGCCGCCGCACCUGGGAGCGCAUGCCCCGCGACACGCCUCCCGAGAUCCGGCGGGCGCCGCUGCAGGGGCUGGUACUGGACGUGAAGGGUAUCCUGGGAGCUACCGCCGACGUGCCCGCCCUGCUGGCGCGCAUGAUCACGCCGCCGGAGCCCGCAGCGCUGCAGCGGGCCCUGACCUCCCUGCAGCUCAUCGGUGCACUAGAGGCAGGCAGCGGGGCGCUGACCUCGCUGGGGCAGCACCUGACCCGCAUGCCGUGUGACCCGCGCAUAGGCAAGAUGCUGCUGUACGGCUCGCUGCUGCGCUGCCUGGACCCAGUGCUGACCAUUGCGGCGGCGCAGGGCUGGGGGCGCCCCGUCUUCUGGUCGGCGCCUGACAAGCGGGAGGAGGCGGAGGCGGCCCGCCGCUCUGUGGCCGCCAACGUGGCGGCCUCCAAGUCAGACCACCUGGCGGUGGUGGCGGCGUACAACAGCUGGCGCGCGGUGGUGGAGAAGGAUGGGCGGCAGGCGGCGCACGAGUUCUGCGGCCGCAGCUUCCUGGCGGAUCAGGCGCUGGAGGCCAUCGAUGCGGGACGGCGGCAGUACGCCGAGCUGCUGGCCGACCUGGGCUUCGUCCCCGCCAGCUACGCGGCGGCUUCCUCGGCAGCCGGUGGCGGCCGCGGGCGAGGCGGCGGCCGCGGCGGCAGCGGCGGCGGCGGCCUCACCACCGCCGUGCGCAACCCGUACGGCGCUGGCGGCGAGCGGCCGCUGCACGACGUGGACGAGCACUCGGGCAACGCCAGGACCGUCAAGGCCGCCCUGUGCUGCGGCUUCUACCCGCAGCUGCUGCGUGUGGAGCACCCCGCUGCCAAGUAUACCAAGGUGCAUGGCGGGGCGGUGGAGACGGACGCCGACCCCUCCAAGCUGCGCUUCUUCGACCAAGAGCGAGGCACCGAGAUUGUGGAAACCAGCAAGGUGUUUGUGCGGGAGUCGUCGAUGGUGCCUGUGUACGCGGUGCUGCUGUUUGGAGGCAGCAUCGAGGUGCAGCAUGAGCAGGGCCUGCUGCGGGUGGACGGCUGGGCGCGGUUCAAGGCGCCCGCGCGCAUCGCAGUGCUGGUGCGUGAGCUGCGGAACGAGGUGUCCCGCCUGCUGGCAGCCAAGGUGAGGGACCCCUCCCUGGAGCUUGGAGCCAGCAAGGUGGUGGAGGCCAUGCACCACCUGCUGUCCAGCGACGGCUUCUGA